AUGAAACAAGUCGUGUCUUUUGACAAACUUAAACUCACAAACAACCUGAUGGACGACAAUGGGCAUGUAUGUGGUGUUUCGUAUUGGCGUAGGUUAACGUUAGUUAAAAAUCGAAAUCAGUGUUGCUCGGUUUUUUUAAAUUUUUAGCUAAGAUAAGAAAAUAGCAGGAUAUGAUAAGAUCACCUGAUAGUUAGACAGCCAAACAUUAUAUUAGUUAACUGGGAUGUUAUGGUAAAAACCAAAUUCACCGGUUAUUGAAAUUUCUUCACCCUAUCCGGUCUUUCAAGCUGUUUAUUUUACUGAGCCAGUGAAUAGCACUGGAUCAAAACACCCUCUGGCUGGAGAGAAGCGUGGAUUUGGAGGAAGGGGGGGAGGGGCCCGCAGUCCGUCCUUUUGCUUGCAAUUGUGAUAAAGGUGUGAUCUAUUCUCAAUGCAGCCAUCCGCAAACAAUGCCUGUAAUGCUAAUAAGAGAUGGGGUACUCUCUUCCCAAUAGCGCGCUAUUGGGAAGAGGAACUUACCUUAAAUAAGAAACCCACAAUGCAUAGAGACGAAUAGGAUAGCCGGCGCGGGCUUGACGCGGCGUGCUAGUGUAACGUAAUAGAGUUUUAGACUAUUCUAUUGCGGAGUCCCCUAAGAAAUACUUAAGAGCCUCAAUAUUGGAUAGAGAUGCUUGAAACCAUAAAUAUAUAUGUGUGGCGCAUGGCAAGCCUCCGGCUCAACCUUUCUGAAUUUUUUUAAUCCGCCCGGCACCCAGACGCGCUUUUCCUUUUAGUACGUAGUAAGUUUUUGCCACGAAUUCACGUAUGCUCAAGCGGAACCGAACCCGACAUUUCUUUUGCUUAUCUUCUAAUCGUUAUUACCUUGCUGUUGUUGUAAAGUAUUCAUUAAUAUGUACCCCCAGUGCUAUCACCUUGUUAUUACCUACAGACCGGCAUACGUUAACUGAGCUACCAUAAUUAGGUUUUAUUUCCCUCUCUAACUAAUUCAAAUUCUUCAGUUUACUGCUGUUUUUUUUUUUGUAUUCAACUCUCGUCUAACUAACCUUGCAAUGUCCAAAAACAAAAUGCUUAAUUGUCAGGUUACUAAAUUAUAAAGGCAUCAAAUCGCCUUGAAAAUUAGCAACUUGUCCAAGUAUGUGAUCAUUUAUAAAGAAGGCAAAACAGAUUGCGAAGAAGGGCCCGCAUUUGUCGUUAAGAGUCUUCAGACGUCUUUCCUUGAAUGCACAGUUUCAGAGCUUUUAGCGUGCUCUUCACUGUUAGGGUUUCGUCAUUAAAAUCUCUUUCCUUUGCGGUCUUCCUUUUUGGCUCCAUUCCAGGCUGUUCUGCAGAAAAACUUUGAAGAUAAGAAAGGGAUCACCAACCUCUUCUUGAUAACGUUAAUGAUGAUCAUUACGAUAACAAUGAAUGAUGACCGUUUUGUUGUUGUUUUUGCUGUUAGAUUAUACUCAACUCCAUGCAUAAGUACCAGCCUCGAUUUCACGUUGUACUAGACAACCAAGAAAAGAGUACGAUGACCAGUGCUCUAAGAGCGAGUACGGAACAUGUAAAAACCUUCGUGUUUCCUGAAACGCAAUUCAUGGCUGUAACGGCUUAUCAAAACCACAUGGUAGGUCCUUUUCGAUUCCUUCACAUUGAUUCCAGAGGAAAAGGAUUAGAGUGUCUAGCCAGUAGCUCAUUAACCAUUCUCAAAAUUCUUUCCAGCCAGGGGAAUGCAUAGUUACCGGAAGAUGAAUAAAACUGUGGGAAAUAUUGUUUGAUCUGUAGACCUCAGUUUUAUGUUUUUUACAAGAUGAUUCUUACACUCAAACUGUUUAAAGAUCUGUUCAAUUUUUGAGUAAAUGAAUUUUGAAAUAUAGAAGUCAGACAAUGGUUGUAUCAGAUCAUUGAGAGUUGGUAUGCACUGGGACUAUUGUUAAACCGCUCGUAAUCCUUUACCACACCAUGUUCAUUCUAGGCUCAGUACGGUUCUAUAGCUCCUACUCUACACCUUACUGGUUACCGUCCCUACUCCCUACAGAGGGGUUCUUAACCCUUUACGUACCAACAUGCACAUACAAAUUCUCCAAACUGAUCUCAUCCAUUUCCUUAAAGAAUGAGUUGAGAGGAUUUGAUAACAGAUCAAGACAUUUUGUCUGUGCUGAUCAUUUUGUUAAUUCUCAUAAUCGUAUUUCUUGACAAUGUUUGGAUAUCGUUAGGAGAAAAUUGAUGUUGGUCACUAUUGGCACUGUUUUAUAUUCUUCGCAGAUAACCCAACUGAAGAUAGCUAGUAACCCUUUCGCUAAAGGAUUUCGUGAUUGUGACCCGGAUGACUGGUAGGCGUGGCCUGGUUGAAACACUUUACCUACACUCUUUCAUGUACACAACAUGCUGCAAGAAAUUCGUGUUUUAAAUUAAUGUCCCACUCGAAAAUAGCAUAGCUAAUCGAGUCAAUAGUCUCAAGCUCAGCGGCCACCUUGCCUGCGCACCACCGACAUCGUUCUUUCGAAUACAAAAUGCUGGGAAAGUACUUGCCUAGUGCCUAGGCCUCAUUAUUCCGCGCGGCCUAUGCGUUCCUAUGCGUCACCUAAAUGCAUUGACCGAGAAGGCCCGGGAAGAAGCCUUACAGAGACUAGGGCGAGUGCAGCCGAAUUUUUUCACAUGAUGACAUGACCUCAGGUUUUAUCAAAUGAGCCACCAGUGUUUUCAUUGAAUUUGUCUCCGGGAGAAAUUUCUUGCAACUGAUAAAAAUUUAUUCCGUCCUCUUUUCUUUCCUAAUUUGGCAUUAAUGCUACAAAGUUUGCUUAGGUUAAAUUUUAUAUUGUUUUAAAAUAAUGUUUUACUUUUUAGGGCGGUACCUAGCUUUGGUAUUAAUGUUUUUGAAUUUGUUUGAUGCGUACACAUUGUCAAAAAGGUGGCUAAGCUCUUAGGUGUUACAUAAAUAUAUAGAUAAAUAACAAACUAAAAUUUAUUUUUAAAAAAAUCAAUAGGAUGACAUUGUAAUCGAUUGUUGUUGGGUUUUCUUCUAAUUAUUUAGCGUGGUAGAAGUUAUAAAGCAAGUAGAACCCGGCAACAUGGUACCAAGUUCAAAGUCUCGGAUUCAAGGAGAGGUGUUCUCUCCUAAGUCUUGUGCUUCUGGGAGUGAAGAAGGAGAAAGCUUAACAGGUUCGUGUUGGCCAGUCCUUCCUUUUGUAAAUGGCUUGGGUAGAAUGAGGAAAACGGCUGGGGCAGCUUUUGAUGUGGACUUGCACCAACAAUAAAACGUUCCUGUUUCCAUAAAAUCAUCAUCCAAAGCUUUUAACUUAAAAAUUAUUUGCCUUUAACUCACGAUUUCCACGCUCUUGUCUUUAGGAUCCAUGGCGACUGUGACGUCACCUUUGAUACCCAUGGGCCGUGUUCUUCCCUCGCUAACGCUCCCCUCCAUAACAGUUCCCUCGUGUACUCCCAUCAUAAGUCCAACCAUUACGUCACCGCUACUACAUCCCCACCCUACCUCGCCCGGGACAUCAACUUCCGUGUAUCGGGGAUUUCCACCAUUACGUGACCAUCGCAGCGUACCUUAUCCAUCGCCGUAUUUAAGGUAUAAUUCAGCACCGCAAAGCGAAAUACCUGGUUAUCAAUCUCCACCGGGGACAAUAUCAAGUCAAUGA